AUGGGUAAACGAGCAAUUUCCUCUUGCCUCUUCUCAUGUCUCUUUGCAUUGUUCUUGAAUUCAAUCUUAGGAGUCACAAAUGAUCCUCAAGACCAACAGGUGUAUGUGGUCUACAUGGGAUCACUUCCGUCUAGUGAAGACUACACACCAAUGUCUGUCCACAUGAAUAUUCUUCAAGAGGUAACUGGAGAGAUCGAGAGUUCCAUCGAGAAUCGCUUGGUGAGAAGUUACAAGAGGAGUUUCAACGGGUUCGCAGCUCGACUCACUGAAUCAGAACGAGAAAAAGUAGCCAAAAUGGAGGGAGUUGUGUCUGUGUUCCCGAACAUGAACUUAAAACUCCAAACGACGACAUCUUGGGACUUCAUGGGUUUAAUGGAAGGAAAGAGGACGAAGAGGAAACCGACCAUGGAAAGUGAUACCAUUAUUGGAGUCAUCGACGGUGGGAUCACACCGGAAUCCGAAAGCUUCUCCGACAAAGGCUUUGGUCCUCCUCCUAAGAAAUGGAAAGGUGUUUGUUCCGGUGGAACAAACUUCACCUGCAACAACAAGUUGGUCGGGGCAAGGGACUACACAAAAAGAGGUGCUAGGGAUUAUGAUGGCCAUGGUACACACACCGCGUCCACGGCGGCUGGAAACGUAGUCCCUGAUAUAAGCUUCUUUGGACUCGGUAAUGGAACAGUGAGAGGUGGUGUUCCGGCCUCAAGAAUAGCCGCUUAUAAAGUCUGCAACUAUUUAUGUACUUCGGCAGCUGUACUGGCUGCGUUUGAUGACGCAAUCGCCGAUGGUGUGGAUCUCAUCACCAUCUCUAUCGGGGGAGAUAAGGCGUCGGAGUACGAAAGAGACCCCAUCGCAAUCGGGGCUUUCCACGCUAUGGCCAAGGGGAUUCUCACUGUGAAUUCAGCCGGUAACAACGGUCCAAAAGCUGGUGUGGUCUCGUGCGUAGCGCCGUGGAUCUUAACAGUUGCAGCCAGUACCACAAACCGUGGGUUUGUCACCAAAGUUGUUCUCGGAGACGGCAAGACACUUGUCGGGAAAUCAGUGAAUACUUUUGAUCUGAAAGGAAAGAAAUACCCUCUGGUGUAUGGAAAAUCUGCUGGUAUCUCUGCUUGUGAGGAGGAAUCCGCCAAGGAAUGUAAGACGGGGUGUCUAGAUCCAUCCCUUGUGAAGGGGAAAAUCGUAUUGUGUCGUCAAUCGGAAGACUUUGAUAUAAACGAAGUUUUAUCAAAUGGAGCUGUUGCAGCCAUUCUUGUGAAUCCUAAAAAAGACUAUGCCUCCGUCAGCCCUUUGCCCCUCUCUGCUCUCUCACAAGAUGAGUUUGAGUCUCUUGUCUCUUACAUUAACUCCACAAAGUUCCCGCAAGCGACUGUUCUAAGAAGUGAAGCAAUCUUUAAUCAGACAUCUCCUAAAGUUGCUUCUUUCUCUUCUCGUGGUCCAAACACCAUCUCUGUGGAUCUUCUCAAGCCAGAUAUAACAGCACCAGGAGUGGAGAUCCUCGCUGCGUAUUCACCUGACAGCACACCGACUGAAAGCGAGUUUGACACUAGACAUGUAAAGUUCUCUGUUAUGUCGGGAACUUCAAUGUCUUGUCCGCACGUUGCUGGUGUAGCUGCGUACGUCAAGACGUUUAAUCCUAAAUGGUCUCCUUCAAUGAUCCAUUCUGCUAUCAUGACAACCGCCUGGCCAAUGAAUGCUACUGGAACUGACUUUGCAUCAACCGAGUUUGCCUAUGGAGCUGGCCAUGUUGAUCCAAUAGCUGCGACAAAUCCUGGACUCGUCUAUGAAAUGGACAAAGCAGAUCACAUUGAUUUUCUCUGCGGCUUGAACUACACCGCGGAUACCCUAAAACUCAUAUCUGGUGAAACAAUUACUUGCACUAAAGAAAACAAAAUCUUACCAAGAAACCUCAACUAUCCUUCAAUAUCAGCUCAAUUGCCAAGAUCUAAAAGCUCCGUCACUGUGACAUUCAACAGAACUGUCACUAAUGUUGGAACGCCCAACUCAACAUACAAAUCAAAGGUGGUCUUAAAUCACGGAUCAAAGCUCAGUGUCAAGGUCACGCCUAGCGUUCUGUCUUUUAAGACAGUGAGUGAAAAGAAGUCUUUCACGGUGACUGUCACAGGUAGCGAUAGCUUCCCAAAACUGCCUUCAUCUGCAAAUUUAAUAUGGUCUGAUGGCACACAUAAUGUGAGAAGCCCUAUUGUUGUUUAUACUGAUGAUGCAUAUUGAUAACUGAUAAGGGCACUUAAGUGUUUCAGUUCACAUCUUUCUACCGUCAUCAUCAAACAUUGUAAUAUUCAAUAUAUAUCAUUAUUGUUGUCCCUUUGCCUUGUUUCUUGUUUUAGUAAACUUCAGUAAGUUCACCAAACACUC